GCUCCAGAGCAGGUGUCAGGCAGGUGGCUCGGCCAGGCCAGCUCCAGCAUGAGCUCCUUUGACCUCCCAGCACCCUCCCCACCUCGCUGCAGCCCCCAGUUCCCCAGCCUCGGCCAGGAGCCUCCUGAGAUGAACCUGUACUAUGAGAACUUCUUCCACCCGCAGGGCGUGCCCAGCCCUCAGCGGCCACCCUCCUUCGAGGCGGGUGGCGAGUACGGGGCCCCCUCCAACACCUACCUGUGGCUCAACGGGCCCACCAUGACCCCGCCACCCUACCUGCCUGGGGCCAACACCAGCCCCUUCCUGCCGCAGGCCUACGGCAUGCAGAGACAGCUGUUGCCCACCAUGCCGGGGCUGGGGGGCGGCGACCUGGGCUGGCUGCCCAUCCCCUCGCAGGAGGAGCUGAUGAAGCUGGUGCGGCCCCCUUACUCCUACUCGGCCCUCAUUGCCAUGGCCAUCCACGGGGCCCCCGACAAGCGCCUUACCCUCAGCCAGAUCUACCAAUACGUGGCCGACAACUUUCCCUUUUACAACAAGAGCAAGGCCGGCUGGCAGAACUCCAUCCGCCACAACCUGUCACUCAACGACUGCUUCAAGAAGGUGCCCCGAGAUGAGGAUGACCCAGGCAAAGGGAAUUACUGGACCUUGGACCCCAAUUGUGAGAAGAUGUUCGAUAAUGGAAAUUUCCGUCGGAAAAGGAAGAGAAAAUCAGAUGUUUCCUCCAGCACAGGCCCCUUGCCCUCAGAGAAGACAGAGAACAGUCUCAUGGUAGGCAGCCCCAAGACCACAGAGCCCCAGGACAUCUUGGACAGUGCCUCGCCAGGCACCGCGGGCUCCCCGGAAAAGCGGUCCUCCCCGUUGCCCUCGGGUACGCCGUGCCUCAAUAGCUUCCUCUCCACUAUGACCACCUACAUGAGUGGGGCCAGCCCCAUGAGUCGACCUGGGGCCACGACAGGAUUGAGCCCCGAGCCCGCCGACAAGAUGGGACAGAACUCCCUGGGCUUCAGUUCCUUCACGCCACUCACCAACCUCGGCGGCCAUGGGGCCGGGGGUGACUGGGCCAACCCCAUGCCCACCAACACACUCGGCUACGGGGGCUCUGUCCUCAACCAGUUCAGCCCUCACUUCUACAAUAGCAUCAACACCAGCAGCGUCCUCUACCCUAGGGAGGGCACCGAGGUCUAG